AUGGUCGUCUAUCAUGAGCAGACGCGUAUUUAUGAGUGAGUCCUUAUUUUUUGGAGCUUACAGCUCGUUUGUACGAACUCGUUGCGCUGCGUAGCACGUGAAACCUGGAUCGGGUUAUGAAGCUCAUCGCGGAGCAGGUUGAUUUCAGUGUGCAUCGAGUGAUGAGCAGCAGUGCCAACUCUCAACCCCGCAUUAACUUUAUUGUCUACCUAUCACUUCCAGUAUCCCGUUACCCUACAUAACAAUGGCGCACAACCUCCGCUUCCCCUCCCCCUACUCCACCCACGUCAUAUCCUCCGACGUGAUAUCUCGCACUUUCCGCGCCCCUUCCACAAUCUGCACGACCCGCCUCGUCCUUAAACGAGGCAAGAUGCCCGCCUGGGCUCCUUCAGCUCUGUACAAGAUCGGAACGAGUUGGGUUCUGGAGGAGAGUGAGGUCGAUUUGGAGAGGGAGCACGGCAAACAGUUUCGUACGAGAAGUCGAAAUUUGGAUCAUGUCAAGGCUUUGGAGGUGUUUGAGUGGCAGACGUUUGAUCCCGUAGAAGGGGAUCCUUUAAAGUGAGUUAUCGACGGUGGAAUGAUUUGGUCGGAGGAGCAUCGUGUGUACUGACUGUGUAUGGUCCGCUCGGGGCAAUUUCUCACUCUCACAGGACAUCGGGUAAGACAUUGACGAGGGUCACGUCCGAGUUUGGAUUUUGGCCAUUACCGUCACGGAUAGAAAUGUUUGGUCUUUCCAGGGUACCCAAAGCAGCCGACAAGGUAAGGAAAACAGAACUUCUCAAUCGACUCGAUCUCGUGCUGACAACUCGAGCCAACACUCACUCCCACCUCACAGGCGAGUGCAGGCCUCGAACACAUAGCGACCCUCCUCUUACAACCUUCGACAUUCCCUCGCUUACUCGCAUCAGGACCUCUUAACCCAUACCCCUUCGAACCGGUGCCUUCGUCCUUAACUUUGGCGAUGCGAGCCAAAUUCGACGAAGCGCGCUCGAUCGUCGCGAGGAGGGAAUUAGGUUUCCUCGAUGAUGAGACGGAAAAGGACCUUGCUCGAAGAGGGGAAUCCGAUGAUGAGGUCUCCAAGCUUUCGGAUCGAUCAGGGGAGAAGGAUUCGGUUGAGCCUGGACGUAUUUGGAGGUUGAGGUGGAGGGCAGCGGCGAAACGAGGGAUCAAGACGUUCAGGGAGAGCGUCUGUCGUGCGACGGGGUUGCUCUGCGAGGAUAAAUCACAAGAUUGUUGA